UUCUCCCUUCGCAAUUUAACCAUGGGGGAGGCUCCCCAGGUUCUCUACGUCACUAGCUUCUCUAAAUUGAUUCCAUUUUCAAACUCGCCGGCAAUAUGGAUCGUGAUUCUCCCGUCUGGUUUGAGGAAAUCCUCGACGCUGAUCUCAAAUGGUCUUUUGCUCUCAAUAGUGUGCUCCAUAAAGGGAAUAGCUUUUAUCAGGACAUAGCUCUCUUAGACACCAAACAUUUUGGGAAGGUGCUGGUGAUUGAUGGGAAGAUGCAGAGUGCUGAAAAGGAUGAAUUCGUUUAUCACGAAUGCUUGAUUCAUCCCGCUCUCUUAUGCCACUCCGACCCCAGAACCGUCUUUAUAAUGGGAGGUGGCGAAGGCUCUUCUGCGAGAGAAGCACUAAAACACAAGUCAAUAGAGAGAGUGGUCAUGUGUGACAUAGACCAGGAGGUGGUAGAUUUUUGCCGAACAUACUUAACGGUUAAUGAGAAAGCCUUUUCUCAUCAGAAGCUUGACCUCGUCAUCAAGGAUGCCAAGGCUGACUUACAGGAGAGAAACGAGAAGUUUGAUAUCAUUGUAGGAGACUUGACAGACCCUGUUGAAGGAGGACCUUGCUACCAACUCUAUACUAAAUCCUUCUAUGAGGAAAUACUCAAGCUUAAGCUUAAUGAGAGAGGCAUUUUUGUUACUCAAGCUGGACCCGCAGGCAUCUUCACCCACAAGGAGGUCUUCACCUCCAUCUAUAAUACAAUCAAACAAGCCUUUAAAUAUGUGAUGGCAUACACAGCUCACGUACCAUCUUUUGCUGAUACUUGGGGAUGGGUUAUGGCUUCGGACCAUCCGUUCUUGAUUGGCGCUGAGGAAAUGGACAAAAGAAUUGAGCAAAGGAUAGAUGGAGAACUGCUCUAUCUUAACGGCGCCACGUUUCACUCCUCUGCUACCAUGAACAAGACCGUCUCUCAAUCGUUGCUAGAUGAAACUCACGUGUACACAGAAGAGAAUCCUCGAUUCAUUGAUGGACAUGGUUUAGGCUCCAGGGCGAUUCGAGACUGAGGUCUGACACCUCAAGUUGAAGGAAUGGCUAAACAGAGAAAAGGAGGGGGGGUAGGGUUGGAUGUGCUAAACAAAUAGUUUAAGAAUGAAAGCCAAAGAAAUCAAUUAGCAAUUUACUAUUGUUUCAUUGAAUUGGUUUGUAAAAAUUGUCGUUAGUUUCGCAUGGCGGCUUCAAUGGUUUCUCAUCCAUGAACUCUUGACCAUUUUGAUAUUAUGUGAAUGAAUUUUCAGGCAUUCCUUCAGACCGUUAUUUUAUUUUAUCGGGGACCGCCAUCCGGACUCUGGUUCAUUGGACUUCUUGACAAUUAUGAUCUACUUGCCUCUUUCAGAUGCAUUUGCAUAUAGACUUGUUAACUUUAUUAAAUAAAAAUUAGAAGAGAGAGAGAAAAUAAUAGCCAAACAGGUUACGUGGCAGAGAUAGAGAGAUCAGAGUACUGAUGCUAUGAGCAAUGCAUCAAGGACGGCUGGUUUGAAGUGUUCUGUGGGCACCAAGCCGCCAAAGGUUAUAGGGAAAGCUGAUGAAGUCGAAGCCAUUUUCGUGGAUCCAUUCACUGAUCCUCAAGAAUCCAAUGGCCUUGGAUACUGGUUGGACAAGAGGGCGUGAUAAGCUAAGAAGCACCGAUACAGCCUGGCAGUUGCAAUACCCAAAACCAGAAUCUAGCAUAUCGAGGAGUGGGAACUUGAAGUCUUGAAUAUAUGGGAACCAGAGAAUGCCAAAUGUGACAGAGUGCUAGAGAAGAAGACGAAGAAGAAGAACUUACCUCAAACUU